AUGGAGAACGAAAUCCCCCUCCCCCCGCCACCCCGGAGAAGAAAGUCGCACCGCCCGUCGCGUUUCGACGACCGCUCUAGCCAACCAUCUAGUGACCCAGCCCUCUUCUCUAGCGAUGACAUCCCUGCCUCAGGCCUGGAGAAUUACCACGCGCCCGCUCAUGGCAAUGCAGGGAGGAAGAGGCGAUACCGCGGUACGUGGUGGGGUGAAACGGUGCUGGAUCCGAAGCGGAAACGAAAGGACUUCAAGGACAAGCGGUUUGUAGACAGUGGCGUGUGGAUGGGGAGUGAUGAGUCGCUGGUGGAAUCGCUUUUACCAUCAGAGGAUGCGCCGAUAUCCGAGGAUUUCUUCAAGAAUGUGCGGAAUUCGAACCCGGGAAUACCCAAGAAAGAGCCGGAAGAGGUGGACGCUGCGCCUUUUGCACCCGCGGCUCCAGGGCCGGAAUCUGUGCUGGGGAUGGAUCGGGGCCCGAUAUCGAGACCGCAGCCGCAAGUGGUAGCCCAGCCUCGCGUGGCAUUCAGAAGAGUGGUAGAGUCGCAGGAACAUCAGUUGGCCAGGGCGAUUGUGAAUGACUGUCUGGAGAAGGGUCAGGAUAGUGUGGACCUAAGCAUUGGCAACAUGAAAGAAAUCCCUUCUGGUCUGCUACGGCCCCUACAGCAUCUCACGAAAUUGCCUGCUAUUCGAGAGCCCCCAGUCACCGAGGACGUCUACUCUUCAUUAGAGCCAUUCCUCCGACUCUUCUUGGCCGGGAACUCUCUGUUUAAACUCUCGAGCGAGCUCUUUGACCUAUCCUCGCUAAAAGUUCUCAGUUUGCGAAAUAACAAACUGAGCGAAAUCCCACCAGCGAUUCGCAGACUGACAUCGCUGCAAGAUGUCAACCUCUCAGUUAAUCGAUUGCAGUACCUGCCCUGGGAAUUUCUGUGGUUGAUCAGAAAGGGCGAUUUGAAACAUCUGAUUGUCCGGCCUAAUCCUCUUAUGCAGAUUGAUGAGACGGAGAUUGCUUACUGGCAUUACCCUAAUACCACAACACCAGAAUCCCUAGAAGAAUCUCUACGAUUACAGGAGUACGAAUCACCUGUCCCCGAAGAGGCCUGGGCCCCCAUCCACAUCGCCACGGGACCAAUCCGCCACUUCAACACAGACGGGUACCCCAUCCCAGAGGCACAACUAAAUGCCACAUCCUUCAGUGAACUCAAAUCCAACGUUCCAUCCCUCCGCGAAGUGUCUCUCGUCUCCCUCAACAAAUCUAACUUCUUCGACCUCACUCCCGAUUCCGACAUCGCAGACCUCCCAGAGCUGAUGCUCCGACUCCUCCGGCACGCCAGGGAAGUCAGAGCCGCAGGCGGGCGAUGCUGCUCUAUCUGCCACCGGGACUUCGUGCUCCCGCGAACAGAGUGGAUCGAGUGGUGGGAUUGCAGCACGUAUGAGAACGGACUCAAAGGACCGCGCGCAUCGGGCGAGAAACUGCGGCCUUUACCGUUCAAGCGGUUGGGAUGUAGCUGGGGUUGCGUCCCUGAUAUGAAGUCGGUGGAGAUCACACAUCUUUCAGACGGAGUGGCUUCGGAGUAA